GCGACACUGAAUGAACAAUAAACAAGUUUAAUUAGGUGUAAAAUGCUCUUCCUAUCAAUGGGCUGUCUCUUUACAACUUGACAGGCUCUGCUAAAGAGCUUACCAGUGCAGAUUAAGCCUUCUCUCCCAUCUGUUAAGGAGUUGUCACUCGCCAUUUAGCUGCCAGUCUAAACUAAGUUGGAAGACUGUUUUUUUUAUAUUUUGUACAAUAUUUUUUAUCUUUAUUCAUACUUAGCCUUCAUAUAAUUUUACCUUCAUGGUAAAAUAACAAUACAUUUAUUGUUUUUGUUUCUUCUGUAACUAUAGUGAGAAGAAUGCUUAAUUUUUUUUGGAAAAUACUUUUGGGAUUUUUCUUUGUGACGAUAUUGGAAGGACAGCUACAAACUUUAACAGAUUCGGGAACACUUUCUGAUGGUAUUGUAUAUAGAGGACUUACAGACGUGCAGCAUGAGCUGGAAGAAGGGAGUGGAUUAUUGCCAGAAAGCAAUCCACCUAUUGCUGAAUCAGAAAGCCAACACUACAGGGGUUUCCUGAAGAGAAAAAAGAGGGCCAUUUUAUUUCCUAGUGGAGUCAAAGUGUGCCCUGAAGAAACAUUUGAUCAGGCCCUUGUCAAUCAUAUGAAUUUUUUUAAGCUUAGAGUGUGCCAAGAAACUGUCUGGGAAGUGUUCAAGAUCUUCUGGGACCGACUUCCGGACCAAGCUGAAUAUCAGCACUGGAUGCAUUUAUGUGAAGAAGGCACCAUGCCAGUGUUUGAUAUAGGGGAGAAUUUCAGCAAGUCUGAAGACCAUCACAAGUUGGUCAAACAGAAACUGGCUCUCACGAAACAUGCAGAAAGCACUUCUUGCACUGACUGGACAUGUGGUUCAGAUGAAAUAUCAGUGACUUCAACACCAGAAACUACCACUUUUCGAGAUGCGGCGGCCAAUGUACCACUGUCAUAUGAAAUAUCUGUUGAAGAGAUUUCACCAACUGUUUUUCUGAAGCAAGCGGAGACUGAAGAACAGUUGGACAAUGAAAUUUUCAGGGUUACAGAAGAACCAAAGGGAUCAGCAGACAAAAUGGUUGAAUUUAUUAUCCUUAUUCUUAAUGAGCAGUACAGCCCUGAACUAAGUGAUUUGUCCACAGACCAGCAUAAAGAGUUCACUGGGAAGUUUGUUACUGAGAUGAAAAGUGUAUUCCAUGCUUUGCCAGGCUAUAAAGGCAUAAGAGUACUGAAAAUAAGCCCUUCCCUACUGGAUGACAGACUUGCUAUGGAAGUUCAGUAUGCUGUCAUUUUUGAGGGGGAUUCCGAUGCCAUAAACCAUGCUACUUUGGAUCUUAUGAAUCUACAUUCCAAUAAAAUUGAAGACACUUCCCUUCAUUAUAUUGAGGAUAAUCCAACAGCGGUUUAUACUGUCAGUAGCUUUAGAAAUUUUAUAUUAGAUGGUCUGAACAAACGGAUAUAUACAGGGGAAAACACACUUGAUUUUGACCCAGAUUCUCUCCAGCUUGUCAAUGUUAAAACUGUUCCAUCACAUAUUUACAAAGAAUGGACAUUAGUCACUGAGAAACCAGCCUUUCCAAUUCCUUCUACAGCAGAUGUUAAUAAUGCACUGCAAGCUGAAUGGCUCCCCACUGAUUUUUCAACUAUAAGGAGAACUUAUCCAGUGGAAGAAAUUCAUGACAAGUUGGCUUCACAAACCCAGAAUGCGUUGGAAGCAGAAAUCCCUGUUGUUACAGAAGAUUUUGUUUUUAAAGAUCACUCUUCUACAAGUCCUGAGUAUAUGCUUACUACGCAAGCAACUGCUUCAGACUUUGUGCAAAGUACAUCUCUCCGCUCAGAGGAAUCUUUAUCAUAUCUAGUUACUGCUUCAGUACAAGACUCAGACAUUCAAGAAGAAUCUGGGGAUAAUGAUAUGUUAUUGUAUAGUCCUACUACUAUAGGCACCUCAUAUUCAUCUGUGUUUGAAGAUAUAUCAUUGUCUAAGGAGGACGAUUCUAUUACCACCACCCAUCUUCCACCAACUGUUACUAUUCCAUCAGCUGUAGAGCACUAUUCAGACAUUGUGACAUCUGCAGUAGCUGCAGAAGAGCCUGCAUUAAGUGAACCUACUUUGAGUAGUUUAGCAAUUUAUUCUGAAAGCACUGAAGAAAAUAGUGGCCACUUAGUUACUGCAACAAAUAGUGACAACGUAUUAUCCCAAGUAACUGAAACAAAUAGUGACAACUUAUUAUCCGAAGUAACUGCAACAAAUAGUGACAACUUAUUAUCUCAAGUAACUGCAGCAAAUAGUGACAACAUAUUAUUCCAAGUAACUGCAGCAAAUAGCGACAAUGUAUUAUUCCAAGUAACUGCAGCAAAUAGCGACAAUGUAUUAUCCCAAGUAACUGCAGCAAAUAGUGACAAUGUAUUAUCCCAAGUAACUGCAGCAAAUAGUGACAAUGUAUUAUCCCAAGUAACUGCAGCAAAUAGUGACAAUGUAUUAUCCCAAGUAACUGCAGCAAAUAGUGACAAUGUAUUAUCCCAAGUAACUGCAGCAAAUAGUGACAAUGUAUUAUCCCAAGUAACUGCAGCAAAUAGUGUCAAUGUAUUAUCCCAAGUAACUGCAGCAAAUAGUGACAAUGUAUUAUCCCAAGUAACUGCAGCAAAUAGUGACAAUGUAUUAUCCCAAGUAACUGCAGCAAAUAGUGUCAAUGUAUUAUCCCAAGUAACUGCAGCAAAUAGUGACAACUUAUCACAAGUAACUGCAGCAAAUAAUGACAACUUAUUAUCACAAGUAACUGAAGUAAAUAGUGACAACUUAUUAUCACAAGUAACUGAAGUAAAUAGUGACAACUUAUUAUCACAAGUAACUGAAGUAAAUAGUGACAACUUAUUAUCACAAGUAACUGAAGUAAAUAGUGACAACUUAUUAUCACAAGUAACUGAAGUAAAUAGUGACAACUUAUUAUCACAAGUAACUGAAGUAAAUAGUGACAACUUAUCCCAAGUAAUUGCAGCAAAUGGUGACCACUUUUUAUCACCAGUAACUGCAGAAAACAGUGACAGCUUUUUAUCACCUGUAACUGUAGCAAACAUUGACAACUUAAUACCACAAAUAACUGCUGAAAGCAAGAUGGACAUUCUGGUGGAAGAUAAUUUACUGCCUACAAAAUUAAUCACUGAAAAUAGUAUUACCCCUGAUGAUGGUUCAGGCUCAGGAUAUGGUGGGUUGUCCAAAGAGGAAAAACCUGUGACAUGGGCACGGACAAAAACAACAGUGGAACCCCCUAAACCCUUAAAUGAACAAUCAAUAGAUGUCGAUUUAAUGGAGGUAACAAGAAGUUAUGAAGAUCUUAUUGUAGAACCUUUUACUGAUAAAUCAGUUGAUCAGUAUAUAAGUUUGGCUACCACGGAGGUACUCUCUACUUUGAUCCAGGGCUCAGAAAACAUUGAGAUUUCUCCUAGUAUAGUUGUUGCAGAAGGAAUUAAAGAUCAGCCUGUCCUGUUGGCGACUGCAGCAAAUCUUUCACCUGUAUUGUCAACUCCAGUAUAUUUGAAUGUUCAACUAUCUAUGCAAACACCACAACCUUCAGUUACAAAUGGGAAUACAAUUACCGAAGUAGACAGCCUCUUUGAUAACUCAUUGGAAAAUUUAUCUCCACGUAUUGAAGACACUACUAGUAAUGCUCAAACAGCAGAACCACCAUCCCAUACAGACCUUAUAAUGAACUAUGAUGCUAUCAUUACAAAAAGUACUAUUUCUAAUGAAAUAGAACCAUUACAACCAUAUAUCCCUGUUCAAAACCUUAGUUCAGUCCCAACAUCUAAUGAAAAUAGCAACCAAACUAUAACCAGUUCUGACAAAAAUGAUGUUUCGAUGUCAACAACUGAUCUUAAUAAUGACAGUUACUUUUAUUUUACUUCAGUGCCACCAAGUAAACCACAGGAUGAGCUGUUAAAUACCAUACCUAGCUUGGAUAUAACAAAGACACAUCCAGACAGUGACUCUGAAUCUGUAGGUGAAGUCAAUAUACCUAACAUUAUUCCUACGAUAGAUAGAGGAGAAGUCAUUUCAGAUCUAGUGCAGUCUGAGUCACGUCCAAGUGGAGCAUCUGUAGUCCCAACAAGUCUACUGAUACAAGAUGCAGGGGUCACAGUUGAUGUACAGGACAUUUCCUUGGAGUUAGAUUACACAAGUACAGUUUAUUUUCACCCAGACAUGAGUCCUGAAGAGAGAAGCAUGGUGGCAAAGAAGGGGGACUCUACAGACUUGUCAGGUGUAAUCUUCUCUACUCAUGAGAGUGGCAUGAAUGUUUCUACACAGAGACGAGCACUUGUGGUGUUUUUUAGUUUGCGUGUGACUAAUAUGAUUUUUUCUGAAGAUUUGUUUAAUAAACACUCUCCUGAAUAUAAAUCUUUGGAACAAAGAUUUCUAGAACUGCUGGUUCCCUAUCUGCAGUCCAACUUAACUGGGUUUCAGAACCUUGAAAUAAUGAAUUUUAGAAAUGGCAGCAUCAUUAUAAACAGUAGAAUGAAGUUUGCAAAACCUGUUCCACGCAAUGUUACAAAUGCUGUUUACAUUAUUCUUGAGGACUUCUGCAACACGGCUUACCAUACUAUGAACCUAGCCAUCGAUAAGUACUCAUUGGAUGUUGAAUCAGGAGAUGUAGCUGACACUUGCAAAUUUCAAGCAUGCAAUGAAUACUCUGAAUGUCUCAUUAACAAAUGGACUGGUGAAGGCGAAUGUGUUUGCAACCCAGGAUAUGUAAGCGUUGAUGGCUUGCCUUGUCAGAGCAUUUGUGAUCUGGAAAUAGACUUUUGUCAGAAUGAUGGCAAAUGUGAUAUUAUUCCUGGACAAGGAGCUAUUUGCAGGUGUCGUGUUGGAGAAAACUGGUGGUACCGAGGAGAACACUGUGAGGAAUAUGUCUCAGAACCUCUUGUGGUUGGCAUUGCCAUUGCUUCAGUAGCAGGGUUUCUUCUUGUGGCUUCAGCUAUUAUAUUUUUCUUAGCAAGAACACUUCGAGUUCAAAGUACAAAAGGAGAUUCUGAGGAAUCUGGCGGGAGACAGACUGAUAGCUUGUCAUCUAUUGAGAACGCUGUGAAAUAUAACCCUAUGUAUGAGAGUGACACCACAGGUUAUAGUCACUAUUAUAAGCGAUACCCACAGCUUCCAUCGACCAGUUCUACCAGUCCAGAGACUUCUGCAGACUUCAGCAGUGAAGAGAUCAGACAUAUCUAUGAAAACAGUGAACUCACAAAAGAGGAAAUACAGGACCGGAUAAGAAUAAUAGAGCUCUACGCAAAAGACCGACAGUUUGCUGAGUUUGUGAGGCAGCAUCAAAUGUCUGUGGAUAAUGUCAAAAAAGCCAAUCCAACGAGUUAACUACUCAUAUUUCCUCAUCUUACAGAAAAAAAGAGUGAAGUGGAACGCUAUGAGGACCGGAGGAAAACAUUUUGCCAUUACAUUAGAAAUGUGUUACCUCAUGUUGUAUUCAGAAGACAUUUCUUUCCAACUGUACAUACUGUAGUUCUAAAAUAGGACAUUUUGAAGACUGUUUCAGAUUACUUGAUUACUAUGAAGAUUGUGAAGAAAAUUAUUAUUGUUGAGUUUUUUUUUUAAACAACAUUGUUUUACUAUCAACUUUUGUAUAUUUUAUUUUCUUGUAUUGUGUAGUUGUUUUUGCAACCACAGUACAGAACCUCAACAUUUCUCCAAUAAGUUAUAAGUAACUUUAUGCAGAAACGGAUGAUCGAGAGGUCUGCUGCAGUCAAGAUUGAAUCCUGAGAUUGAUUUAAGUGUGGUUGGUAGCAAGUUUAACUGCAUUCUGGUUAAUAUCUUGGGGUCUCCAGUGGCAAGAAAUCCCCACCUGAAUUGCCAGUGCUGUGAUCAUGAUAUUCCCCAUUGCUUGGGCACUUUUCAGGUCUAUUGCAACAUGACUGACAAUGACUGAAUCAUAAAAGCUGAAGAAAAGAGGAUUGGCGCAGUAACCCAAUACAGUUAAUCAGAAUGACUGAUUAUGGAAUUAUAUUUGCUUACUUUAUGUAAAACAGCUGAAAUGUAUGUGUUCAGAUAAAGUGUUAAUUCUGAUUGAAUGACUAAUUGUAGAAUUUCUAGAGAUAUUUUUGUAAGGUUCAAUGACUGUUUUAAGCUAAUAAUUGAUUUUAAAUAAUUUUAGGUUUUGGAAAAUGAUACAUAAAACAAAUCAGGGAAAGCAUUGUUAAAUACACAUCUCUAGGCAAAACCUUUUUAAUUUGUUUAAAAAUGGGUGAAAGGUUUAAAGCUUUUGUCAGUUCUUUUUUUUCCCAUCUGGGUCCCCAUUGGAGAGCUUUUCUUCCACUUUCUGCCAAGACAGAAAAUAGUGACUAAGCUCCCUAAUCAGGAUGCAGGCCAAAAAGAAUAAGGAAGGGUUAGAUUUUUUUUCCACUGUUUUAAUUGCAUUCUAUGCCUUUCUAUCCCGAGGACAACUGCUUCUCCCAUUUCUUGUAUACAUGUCACAGAGAUACAGUAAGUGAGGGAAAAUUUCCCAAGGGGCAUAUACAGAAUUAUAAAUACAGCAGAAACUGUAACAUUUUCCCAGUCCAUUCAAAACAAAAUUUGAUUUUUUGUUGGAGUUGGGCUUUAAUAGUUCCAAGACCAUAAACAGUGAAUGGUGGCAAUUAAUACUCACACUAAAAAGACUUGAAGAUAUUGAAUUUGCUUCACCCUGCUGUGGGUCAGUACUUGUCCCCCAUAUAUACUUCAUCAAAAGCUGUCAGUUUGGAGUUCAUUUAUUAAAGGCGUAAAGGCUGUUCACUUUGUAUGUGCAUUUGCACUCUGCAGGGGAUUUAUCCCCAGAGCUUAGUGAUUGAGCUGAAGCUCUGCUGAUUUCCAUCACCCAAUCAUAUGCAAGCAAAAGUUCAUUGUUUUGUUUUAUUUUUAUUUUAUUUUUGCAAAGUGUAGCUUUAUUACAUUCAUACUGUAAGCUCCUUGAGGGCAGGGACUGAUAUAAAUGUACAAUAUAUAUGUAAAGCACUAUGUAAAUUGAUGACGCUA